CUGAGCCAGUCUAAAAAUACAGUACUUUAUUUCAAAAGUUGAAGUAUUAACUUCAUGUGAAUGCAGAAAAAUAUCAAUAACCUUUUGCUACUAAAAAUAAUUGUAAAUUUUUUUUUAAAUAUGCAUCAUGGCUUAUAAAGUUCUAAGUAAUAAAAAUACAAAAAUAUUUUAGAUUAUGGACCGAUGCCCAGCAUGCCAUCGAAUGUAAUUACCACGCAAUCAAGCUCAUAGUAGACUGCUUAAUAAAGACAAAGGGAGUGUGUACAAGUCUGGCUAUACUUAAACUUAUGUUUUUUGAUCACGUUUGUGUGAGGUUUAAAGAUAGAAAUGAACAUUAACCUGGUAUAAUAAACCUGUUAAAGUUUGUGAGAGGUGUUCACUAAUAUAGUGAAUUUGUGAGCAUGUGCUAUGUAAGGGGGGGAAGUGGUGAAAGAGAGGUGAUACAGAGGAAGGUGUGAAUCGGAGGGCUUGUUGCAUGGCCAUAAAUAUGCUGUAGUUUCUACUUCUGCGGGUAUUUGUACAUCCUGCGAACUUUUUAACGUCCUCCUCGUCUUUGGUUCCAAUUCGUUUAAAUUCCACUAAACCCACUUACAAUCUAAACUGGACCCUUUGUCUUACUAUGAAUGUGGAAGACAACAUCUCUGCUCUUUUUUUAUAGUCUAACUCUCUCUUUUGGGAAGUUGGAAAUUCUCUAAAACAUUUUUACAACAUUUUUCUCAAAGCAAGCAGCUUGUGAGAUGGACUGAGAAUUUUUUUCUCUUUAGUUUACCUGAACCGUCCGCCCACCUGAGUGCUUUAUGAGUGAUGGUUAUCUCUCAGUUUUAGAUUGGGUCUCGCUCUCUCUCUCUCUUUGUGCAUACAGUGGGUCUUCACACGGCGCGAAACAGCAUCUUCUCAUCUGGAUGUUGAGUUGUCAUCUCUUUUACGGGUCGAGACAGCCUGGACAUGGUUCAGGGUGGUGUUAAGUAUCCCUCAAUUUUCACGGUGGACGGUGGCACGAGACCCCCUCCGCUGCCCCCCAAGCCUGGCCGUAGGCAAAGGAGCGGGGUGGUCCAGACACUGCUGGUGAUACUGGUCUCUGUCGCUCUGUUUGGCAUGCUGGUGGAGGCAUGUUUAAUCUACAAUCUUUACAUAUCCAAAGAAAAUACCCUUUCGGAUGCUCCAAUGACCGACAUGAGAAAACAAGAAAAGGAAGAUGCAACAACCUCCAAAGCGAAACCAAGAGGACAAAUGAACCCACCAAAACCAAUGGCACAUCUGAAUACUGGUCGACAUCCUGAUCACACCGGAGCAGCAGCAGAUAUCGUGCUGUGGACCGUCAGUCAGGAAUCUAUACUGUACAAGGUAAAACACAAAGUAAAUGAGGGAAAACUCAUCAUACAGAAGGAAGGAUACUAUUCGGUCUACUCCAAGGUGCACUUCAAGGAGAACAGCACCUCUUUCAGCCACUCUGUCCUCCGGAUUUCACCUCGCUACCCCGGUGAGAUCCUGCUUCUCCAGUCUAGCAGGUUGCAUCCUAAACCCAUGAGACCAGGAACCCUGGACAACAGCUAUCUCAGCGGAGUCUUUCAUCUGUUCGAAGGUGAUGCGCUUUUCGUCAGGGUCAAAAACUGUAUUAUUGUGUUGUCAAAUUCGGCUGAGAACUACUUUGGUGUGUUCAUGGUUUAGACCAGGGGUCCCUCAGAAGGUUCCAAGGGGUCCCCAGAAAACAUAGAGUUAAAACCGAACAAGACAGAAAGUGUAUGGCAAUUAUUUAAGUUUGUAAACAGUUUGCUGUCUUUAUAAUAAAUUCUUUAUUAAAAGACAUGGAUUAGGAAUGAGGUCCCUCUGGGUUCAUGAUUUGUGGGGGUUCCUGCCAUCAAAUGUGCAGAAGAUGUCAAAAACAAGCACAUGGGUGAAUCUGAUGAAAAAUUAAUAAAUGUGCAAUAAGUAAUUUUUAGUCAUGUUAUAAAAAAAUCCGUUAUAUUAUAUUUUUGAUAAAGUGUACUACGAAAACAUUAAAAAUAAAAAAUAAAAAAACUCCACAAAAUCUUGAACAAAAAGCUAUUUUAUUUUAAACUUGCAGAAAAAUGGCCCAAGUCGACAGACAUUUAAGAAGUCUUUGUUUUUAACAAGAUAUUCAAUCGUAUUGUUCAUAACAGACCGCUUUGUAAAUGCAGUGCAAGCUUUUCAAAGAGUGGCCAACAACAAACCCGCAGCUCAUGAAUAAAAUCUCAUUUCACAUUUAGAAGAGGCUUUACAUUACGACUAUUGUUGGCUCAGAAAACUUUAAUGUUAUAAGCUAACUUUGAAUGGAAAACAAUAUAAGAUAUGACUCGCAUUCAGACUCCAGUCAUAGCAGUUUCUAGUACAGUGGUUCUCAAACUUUUUCGGCGCGCAGCCCCCCUUGUGCACGGUGCAUCCCUUCACGGCCCCCCAAAGAAAAUGUAUGACGUAAACAAUCCUAAAACAUUUACUUGUUAAGUAUAACAAUACUUUAUUAGUCCCAUCGCUGGGAAAUUUGUUUUUGAAAUAGUCCAAAAACCAAUACAUACCAUUCACAAAAUGUUACAUGCAUUAAAAGAAACAAGUUGUGAAAAAUAAGUAAAUUAAAAACACAAUUGCAUUAUUUCACAUUAUUUUAUCUUUAUUUAAAGCUUUUGACCGCAGUAGGAACAAAUUUGUUUUAAGACCUGUACAUCAAGAUCGUACUGCUUUCCCACACAAAAAUGUGGGUAAAAUUUGGGUUAAAAAACACUGGGUUAAAUAACCGUAUUUUUUUUAAUUAAACAAAAUAUAUAAACUUAUACAACAUAUUUCUGUUGGUUAGUAGCCAUAUUUUUUAAGGGUUAAUUAUACAGAAUUUACGAAAUUAUUGCAUUUUAAAAAAGUGUCAUAAAACUGGCCCCCAGUUUGAGAACCACUGGUCUAGAAAACAUUUUUAUUCUACAUAAAUUAGGGGGAGGAGUCAUCAUGCGGUGAUCACAUGACCAGAUGCAUCUUGUAAGAGUAUUGUAGUGAUGACGUAUUGUUGUAGGCCAACCAAGUUAGUAUUGCUGAUAAAUAUGAAGUUGUAAAAAUCGAGGUGUUACUCGAAUCAAACAUGAAAAACAUAAAGGUCAUGUUAAAGGGCCCAUAUUAUGCAAAAUCCACCUUUACAAGGUGUUUGGAGUGGACAUAGAUGUGUGUUGUCAGUGUAUGAACACAACCACCCUGCAAUGAAAAAAAUACCCCCUCAUUUUUUAAUCCAUAUUAAACCAAAGUAGUCUCAUUAGACAUGCUGUUUUGAUUGUCUUGUUAAUGUGAUGUCACACUGAUAAAGCCCCGCCCAUAGCCACUGACUGGAAACUUUACCCAAAAGCUUUUCUAAGUGUGUUUGUUAGUUUUUUUACUGGCAAGAUAGUGAGGAGCUGUAGCUCAUUUGCAUUUAAAGGUAGAGACAUUAAAACACUGUGUUUUUGCUCCCACCCAAAUAAGGGCAUUUUGGACAUGCUAUAAAAAUGAUUUGUGGGAUAUUUUGAGCUAAAACUUCACAGACACAUUCUAGGCACACCUGUGACUUAUAUUACAUCUUGUAAAAUGAUAUUCACCUUGCACCUUUUAUUAUCAUUUUUAAGAAGAGGCUGAAAACGUAUUUCUUCUCCCAGGCGUUUUAAUCAAAUUUUACUACUUUGUUAUUUUAGUUUAUUGUCUUCCAUGUUGUUUUAUUCAAAUUUUAUUGUAUUUUUAUUUAUUAUUAUUAUUUUUUAUACUCUGUUCAGCUUUCCUGUGUUUAAAUGUGCUAUAUAAAUAAAACUUACUAACUUACUUACUUACAGAACUUAAUUUAUGCAUUUAACCAAAACCCCAUUUAAAAAAGAGACAUAUUUACGAUGGACAUGAAAGUGUCAAAAUGCUUGCUUCCGGGUUUUGGUUGACGAAACUAUGUCAUGACCGCAGCACUCUAUUCCAGUUAAUGAAGAGAAAUACAUGAAUCAUGUCAGUAUACAGUGUGUAUAGUGUUUAAGACCUCUGCCCAAUCAGCUGUUUAGAAAGACAAAUAAGACAUAAACAUAAAAACUUUUGAUGCAGCUUUAUUUUCUUCUGUACAUAAAAGACUGCAUCUGCAAUGUACUGGGCCACAUUUAGUUGGUGUUUGUAAAUAUUGCAUUUGACUUGUAAUAGGUACACUGUAAUUAAAGUAAAAAAGCAUAACUUGUUUCUGUUUCAAAAGAUAUUUUGUGCAAUGUCUGUUCCACCAAAGUGUUACAGGGUUGAAUGUAAUGAGGUCAGUGCACAAUGGGUUAAUAACACCUUGACAUUUCACUUGAUCAUUGACAGAUAUCUGAGUAUAGUAGCCUACUGUCAUAUAAGAUUAAUAAGAGAUUAUAGCUUAUUUUGCACAUCUUUUUACUAUUUGAAAUGAUUUUGUUAACUAUUUAAUUAAACUAUAAUUAAUUCUCUUUAGGUAUUUAUACGUCUUACAUUUGGUGGGAAGUGUUCAUGCAUUUGAUCCCAUGAUCGCACAUUUUCUCCUCACAUCACUAGUGUAAUCAUGUUGUAAACUUUACAGGAACAGUUCACCCAACACAUGAAACUCCUGUCAUUUUUAUGUCAAUUUUAUAUAUAAAAAAAUCAGAAAUUGAAGCAUAGACAUACUGUACAUAGAUGACCAUCCCCAUUUGCCCCAUUGCUCUGAUUCCAUUACUCCACUUUGUCUGCCAUAUUAGACAAAACAUUUUAGCCCUUUUCACACAGACUAUGGAAAAUAUGCGUAAAAUGUGUCUGGGAUUUGUCCGGGGAUCGUUUGAUUUUGGUUUAUUCACACUGCCAAUUAUUUUCCAGAAUCCGUGCGUGUGUUUACACAAAUCCUUUAAAGAUCCUGUAAAGACGUGACAUGUAUUGUGUUUGCAAUCGUGCACU